GUCUGCCAUCAAAAAAUCGUAGACCUGGUUUCUUAAAAAUAUCAGAAUAUCCGAAAGGACUAGAACUCGAUAUUCCUUACUAUGAAUACAGAUUUGCAAUCGAAGUCCAAGGUAAACAAUAUGAAAAAUAUGAUAAAUUCUUUCAUAAAGGAGAUCUAAAUAAUUUUAUCAAACAGCAAAAGCGGGAUCAGGUCAAAAAAGAUCUUUGUAAAAAGAACCAGAUAAUCCUUAUUGAAGUAUGGUAUUUUGAAGACCCACAUACAAUUAUCCCCCAACAACUUCAAAAACUGG